AUGCCUCCAUUUUCAAUGAGCGACGAUGCCAAAGCAGAGUUGGAAGCGUUGGCAGAUUGGAUGCCAACCUCAGAAAUGAGGCAAGUUACAUUAUAUGCGAGUGACUGUACACAUUCUCUGUUCUCAGUAGCUGGGUAUGGGUCAAUACCUAAACACAGCGGUUUUGAUCAUAUUCUUUUCCCAUUAUCAGGGGUCCUUACCAUCUCGAACACCUUCAUUCAACCUGGAGAAUACAUGCGAUACUCAACUACUCAAACGUUCAUUGCAAAUUUGGAUCUUUUGAUUGUUUUAAUACCGGAAGCCGACCAGCUAGACAGCCCCGUACCAAAAGAGGAAGCUUAG